AUGAAGCACUGGAAGGUGACAAAGUCAGGGGGAGCUGGUUGGCUGGUAGAAGAAGAACCUAUAGGCUGUCGUCCACUGUCCCAAUUUACUCGCACAGAUGGUCCAGUUGGGUGCUGGGCCACCUCAUAUGAGUGCUGCCAUAAAUACCAGAUUAUAGAUUUACUUGAAGUAGGCUGCAGUGAACAUGUCCUUGACGUUGUAAGGCCCAGCAUUCGAGUAUCGGAGUGGUAUGCAUCAAGUUUGGGUAGCGAAACCAAAUAUGUUCUGAAAGUAGCAUUGAUUAAAGACAAUAAGGAGUUGUUUUGGGAGCAGAGAAUAUCAGAAAACUGCUUAUACUGCUUUGUUGCCAAAGAAAUUCUUUCAGCAGGUGGAGACUGGUUCAAAGCUGAGCACGUGUUUAAAGACUACCCAGCAGGUAUGCGGUACAUUGGCUUCUCUCACGAGGGGAUGGACAUGCAGUUCUGGCUAGGACACUUUGGGACUAAGUUCACCCUUGGCUCAGUUGUCAUUGACUUCAGUCAUACAGCAUUGACAGAAUGA